GAGCCCGAGCGGAGGCGGUGAGGAGCGUUUCGGCUCUCAGCGGCUCCGGAACUAGUGCGUGGUGCGAGGCUGCCGCUGAGCCCCUAGAUAGAAGGCGCGAGAGGCUGGCAGCUUCGAUUGAAGCACAUCGAGCGGCGGCAGCAGCUAGAAGUCAUGAGCGACAGCGGCGAGCAGAACUACGGCGAGCGGGAAUCCCGUUCUGCUUCCAGAAGUGGAAGUGCUCAUGGAUCUGGGAAAUCUGCAAGGCAUACCCCUGCAAGGUCUCGCUCCAAGGAAGAUUCCAGGCGUUCCAGAUCAAAGUCCAGGUCCAGAUCUGAAUCUAGAUCUAGAUCCAGAAGAAGUUCUCGAAGGCAUUAUACACGGUCACGGUCUCGGUCCCGCUCCCAUAGAAGAUCCCGUAGCAGAUCUUACAGUAGAGAUUAUCGAAGACGCCACAGCCAUAGUCAUUCACCCAUGUCUACUCGCAGGCGUCAUGUUGGGAAUCGGGCAAAUCCUGAUCCCAACUGUUGUCUUGGAGUAUUUGGAUUGAGCUUGUACACUACAGAAAGAGAUCUAAGAGAAGUGUUCUCUAAAUAUGGCCCAAUUGCUGAUGUGUCUAUUGUAUAUGAUCAGCAGUCUAGACGUUCAAGAGGAUUUGCCUUUGUAUACUUUGAAAAUGUAGAUGAUGCCAAGGAAGCGAAAGAGCGUGCCAAUGGAAUGGAGCUUGAUGGACGUAGGAUCAGAGUUGAUUUCUCUAUAACAAAAAGACCACAUACCCCAACACCAGGAAUUUAUAUGGGGAGACCUACCUAUGGCAGCUCACGCCGUCGAGAUUACUAUGACAGAGGAUAUGAUCGAGGCUAUGAUGAUCGGGACUAUUAUAGCAGAUCAUACAGAGGAGGAGGUGGAGGAGGAGGAGGAUGGAGAGCCGCUCAAGACAGGGAUCAGAUAUACAGAAGACGGUCACCUUCUCCCUACUAUAGUCGUGGAGGAUACAGAUCACGUUCCAGAUCUCGAUCAUACUCACCUCGUCGCUAUUAAAGCAUGAAGUUGAAGACUUUCUGAAACCUGCCCUAGAGUUGGGAUAUUGUUUGUGGACAAUAUUUUUUAUUGUCUCCUGUUUAAAAAGUGAACAGUGCCUAGUGAAGUUAGGUGACUUUUACACCUUUUAUGAUGACUACUUUUGGUGGAGUUGAAAUGCUGUUUUCAUUCUGCAUUUGUGUAGUUCGGUGCUUUGUUCAAAGUUAAGUGUUUUCAGAAAAGUAUGUUUUGCAUGUAUUUUUUUACAGUCUAAAUUUUGACUGCUGAGAAGUUUCUAUUGUACAAAACUUCAUUUAAAUGGUUUUUCUACUGAAUCCAGGGUAUUCUGAAGAUCGAAGCCUGUGUGUGUAAAAUGCUACCAAAUGGCAAAAAGCAACAAUAAAGUUUGGUUUUUACUUUUCUUUCUAACAUA